AUGGUGAGGGUAAACUCGGAUCUCAUCGACGUGCUUCACAUGGAGCAGCCUCAUGCCCAACACAACGCCGACCUGAUCAUUCAGUCGCUACGAUCAAUUCCAGCCAUGAUGAUCCGCAGAGAGACGUUUCCCUGGUUCAUCCAUCCACAGACGCAACUCCUGUUGAAGGGCUCGAGAGGCGCUCUGCCCGAAGCACUGGCGACCUGCAUGAGCCUUGCGCAGAUGUUUGCCUCACGCACCCCCGAAACCAGUCGUUUUCUUUGGCGGAGCAUCAAGAUCGAGUGCCGUCGCUUUACCGACGAAGUGUGUAUAGUACCUAAUCUGUCAUCCGAAUGCAUGCUUACUAUCCACAAGAUACACCACAUGUCCAUCUUCGAAUCCCUGGCCACAAUGCAAGCUUCCAUGGUGUAUUUGACCAUGAUCAUCGUCGACUCUUCGCGCGAAGCCGAAGAACACCGCCUCGAGUUUCUGCACGCAUUACAUGACCUCUACAUUUCGUUCAAGAGCAUGUGCGGCGGACACGCCUGUGGGAACGAGCUUUCUAGCCCAAGUUUGACCUGGGAAGACUGGAUUUUUGCCGAAUCUCGGCGAAGGCUUACGAAUCUAUGGUUCCUCAUGAGCUGUGCCGUGUGUGUUAAAAACGGGGUCAGCUGCGAUGCCUCGCAGAGCUAUCGAUCCCUCCCGCUUCCUAGUUCCAAAUCUCUCUGGGAGGCGCCCACGCAGUCUGCCUGGGAAGCAGAGUAUAAGGGGAGCCGCAUUUUUCACCAUAGCGGCAUGGUGACUCUAGGCGAUCUGCUCGAUGUACAGCAGGCUCCUUACAUGCCGUCCAAUAUACGGAAGCUGGAUCUCUGGAACGCCGGCAUCGAUAAUCUGGGUUCUCUAUUGAAUCUGGUCGGUACUAUGUUAUGA